CAUGGCGGGAAGGCUAGCUGGAGUGAGAUACAUCGUCGCUCAUUUCCCAUGAAUAAAAACCGCUUUUUACACGAUUUACAAAGUCAUAAACGAUUCAAGGUCAAAGAAUAUUUCUUUUGCCUUGGAUGAGCGUCCUUGAAUUAUUCAGAUUGCCUGUCCUUAAACCAUACAGCAAAAAUGUCGAUUGCCUCAGCUGGCUCAGAUGCUGAAGAUCAAACCUCCCUGGAGGCGGCGUCCCCUGUCAUCUGCGAAGAACAGACCUGUAGUUUGUGUGAAGAAAAAUACAAGACUCCUAAACUUCUAAACUGCCUGCACGAGUUUUGUCAGCAAUGUCUAGAAAAACAUCUGGAGGAGCAAGAGAGUAUAAACGGGCCAAAGAUCCUCACAUGUCCGACGUGUCAACAGGAGACAAAUCUUUACGAUAAGGGCAUCCUCGGGCUGCCGUUAGAUAUUGUCAUGGUGAACAUGAUGGACAUGAGCGCCGUUCAACAGAUGCAGAUUGUCUGUACGAGUUGUAAAGCCAAGGAGAAAGCCGUGGCUCGAUGUAGUGAUUGUGCGAACUUUCUCUGCCCGAACUGUGUGACAGCGCAUCAGUACAUGAGAUGCUUUGAAAAUCAUAAGGUGGUAUCGUUCGAAGACCUGCAGAAUGAAGAGAACAAUAUGUCAUUGCAUAAGCCUGUUUACUGCCCCAGGCAUCCAGCAGAAAACAUGAAAUAUUUUUGCAAUACCUGUCAGACCCCUAUGUGUAACGACUGCAUCCUCGGCGACCAUAAACCACCAGAGCACCACUAUGAGAGAAUCGCCGAUAUCGAGGCAAAGCAGGUCGAAGAGAUCAAGAAUCUGAUGCAAGAGAGUCGAAGCAAGACCAAAUUCUGCGAAGACGCUUCGAAUAAUCUGACCAACUCGCUGUCAGAGCUUCAACUUCAGCGAGACAAUGCUAAGGGUCUGAUUCAGGAGACAUUCCAGAGCUACAAGGCUAUAUUGGAGAAAGUUCAGGAAGAAACUUUGAAAGACCUGGAAGAUAUCCAUUCAAAGGAAGAAAUGAAACUCAUGGAGAUGAUCAACAAUGUUGAAAAGACGGUCGAACGUGUCGAAGAUGGCUGCAAGUUUGCUGAGCGAAUCCUCGAGAAAGGCAACAGUCUUGAGAUCUCGAUGAUGAAGAGUAUGAUCAGCUCUCAGCUGCUGUCGUUGAUAAAUAACACCCCGAAGGGCGACGCCAACACGAGCAUUGAGUUUGUGUCAAGUGCGGAGAAGUUUGAAGAUGCCGUGAAGAAGAACUUUGGCCAGUUCAAGAAGGAGCCGGAGCGUGUCGACACUCAGCACUCCUCACUUCAAUCAUCAUUUGAGAACGAAGCCGGUUUCUCUCUGCCGUCUGGCAUGUUGAACCAUGAAGACUCGCCACCACUACCGCCAAGGUCAACAGCUCAUCAUGAGCCCUUCUUACCACCGCACUUGAGUCUGCCGCUGGCCCUCUCACUGCCUAACACCAUGUCGCCACCUCCGAUGAUGCCCGGUAUACAAAGCAUGGGGACGGCUAUUAUCGGUUGCUCGAGCGAGUUGAGAACAUACUCGCGCAACUCCCACAGCCCGGCAAUGUCGGACAGCGGCGUCUCUCUUGAUGCCUCCAGUGGUGGCAGUGGUAACAACACGCCACAGGUCAACUUGGCCCAACUGGCAAAGAUGGGGAACGUUGGUGUGAAUGCGUCCGGACAGAUCACCCUGAAUGGUCAGAUCUUGAGUGGACUCAACCUCAGCAAUGUGACUGGAGGAGGAAUGAAUCCUGCUGCAUUGAAACCUAUUGGAGAAGACAGAGGACCUCCACCAGUAAGUGGAUUGAACCUAGCUCCUCGUGCCCCGUCUCCUCCGACCUUGGAUUGCCUCGCCAACCUCCUCAAUCAGCAGAAUAGCUUCGGAAACCUGCCGCCAGUGUCUUCAUCCAGCGGCACCAUCACUCCGACGUGCAGCAUGUUCAGCAGCCAGAGCCCACGAUUCUCCGCUGGGAUGAAUCAGUCAACGACCCCACCUGGUGGUGAUGUCUUCAGCAACAUGACUGAUCUGUCAGUCUUGAGUCAGUUCACCUCUGCCAGUUCAAGCUCUGGGAGUGGUGGCGGCAUGAGUGGAGCCAACCCGCCAUUUGCCCGCAGGUCUGGCGGCAAAGUAUCAGCUAUGCAGAUUGGUUGCAAGUUUGGACAACUUGGGCCAGGAAAGGGCCAGUUCAACUCUCCUCAUGGAUUCUGCUUGGGUACAGCCGAUGAGGAUAUCGUUGUCGCUGAUACCAACAACCAUCGUAUCCAAGUCUUUGAGAAAACUGGCGAGUUCAAAUACCAAUUUGGCAUCCCUGGUCGUGAGGAAGGUCAACUGUGGUACCCGCGCAAGGUCGCUGUGUUCCGAGCGUCCGGAAAAUAUGUCGUCUGUGAUCGUGGGAACGAGCGUUCUCGUAUGCAGAUCUUCACCAAAAAUGGACACUUUAUCAAGAAGAUUGCGAUUCGCUACAUUGACAUCGUAGCUGGGCUAGCGCUCACACCUCAAGGUCACAUCGUUGCGGUGGAUAGCGUUUCACCAACUGUGUUCUGUAUUGCUGAAAGUGGUGAUCUGCUCCGUUGGUUCGACUGCAGUGACUACAUGAGGGAACCGUCUGACAUCGCUAUAGACGGGAAGGAAUACUUCGUUUGUGAUUUCAAGGGCCACUGUGUGGUUGUCUUCAGUGAGGAAGGCCAGUUCCUUCGGCGCAUCGGUUGUGAAAACAUCACCAACUUCCCCAAUGGAAUCGACAUCAGUGAUGCCGGUGAUGUACUUGUUGGCGACAGCCAUGGGAAUCGUUUCCACGUUGCUGUUUUCCAACGCGACGGAUCCCUGAUAGGCGAGUUUGAGUGUCCGUACGUCAAAGUCAGCCGCUGCUGUGGAUUGAAGAUCACUGCCGAAGGCUACAUUGUGACCUUGGCGAAGAAUAAUCACCAUGUACUAGUACUCAACACGCUCUACAUAACUUAGGAGCUGUGUCCCAUUGGUAGCUAUUUUACAUGAAGGAUAACUGUCAGGUGGUACGCGGUGCCAUAGCCAGGUCUUGGUCGUGCGUGUGUCUAGCAAGCACGGGUUGGCACCGGCAAGAGUACGUCCCUUAGAUAGAGUCUGUUAUAUUUAAUUUAGCGGGAGCUGGGUGACAUUGUGUUUACUGCUUGUUGUGCGACUCUUUUUGUGAGUUAACAAAAAAAUUAUUAAAAGCUUUAAAAUUCUUAUUACAAGCAGUGUAGGCUAACUAUACAUAUGUGUAUCCAACGUUCCAGUUAUGCUGUUUUCACAAUUUUAUUAUCCCAAGUUUUCAUGAUUAUGUAACCGUUGGUAUCAGGGAUUUGGGAGGCUUAUCCUGUGCUUUUUCAGACUGACAUGACAUCACUUAUAUAUACUAUUCAACUUGGCUUUUUUUAAUAUAUUUCUUUUGUGCCAACAUUAUUUUAUGUCGUCAACACUGCCAGUGUUCUCAGUGGUUUACAGUGCGCAGGGUUUGCACAUGUUUGGGUUUUAAUUUUUUUUUGCUGAAUUGGCCACUUGUGGUUUUGAUUUGACGAAUGGAAAUCCGGGAGUUUAGUAGUUAGUGGGAACGGAUCAUUUUCCCUGCAAAAAAACAUAACUCUGUUAAAUAAUUGAAAUGCUUUCUCGUUUAUCAUAUCGUUCCAUUUUGUGUUAUCAAAACAAAUAUUCUUUAUGAUCUGAUGCAGUAUUUUGAAAGAAUAUUUAGUACCACUUUUAUUUGAAUCAUAGUAGAGUUUUUCUUCGUUUUUAAUGAUUGAACAAAAAAGUUUAUUGUACAAUUUUUUCACUGGGGUCGUUCCUCGGAGUUGAGCAAAUCCGUAUGGAAUACUACAGUGUUGUGAAAAGUGAUAACAUUUAUUUCAUAAUUAGAUACUCGCAUACAUUGCUCUGGUCAUGUCAAUAUAUAUAAGAUAGGUGAUGCAUAUACAAAGUAUAACUAUGCUUUUCAGAACUCUUUUGUUAUACACGUAUAGUUUUAGAUGACCAGUCACCCUAUUAUUGCGAUUAUACAACUGCGUGUCUUUAAAUCUGUGGCAACUAGACUUGCAACCAUUCGGUUUGAAUUUUAGUUCCGACAUUUGUGAACAAUUUUCAGGGAUUUCCCACCAGCUUGCUGAAAAAAAAGCAAUGAAAAAACAAGAGCAAAAAUGUUUUGCCUUGUGUUGUAGUCCAGCUUAUAACUUGGGUUAUGUCAAAACCUUGCUUGUGUCAGAAGACCUGAUUAGAGGUGUUGCUCAGAUGUGCCACCAAGGGAUUUAUAUUGGGUGAAAUAUUUACAGUCGCAGGAAUUCAGCUCGGAAGUGGCCACAUAACAACCCUUUGUCUUGAUUCGGUUGCAAGUCUAGCAGUAUGAUUUAUGCCAUGUCGACAUGAGCGUUCAUUCAAGUCUUGGCUACUCCACCCCAAGACAUCCAUCUUUGCCACUUAGCUCCCUUGAGCACCGGGCUGAGUUGGGGAAAGGUUGUUUUUGAUUAGGGUGGGGUAGUCAUAUUUUUCUUGCAGCUCCAGUUGACAGGUUGGUUUCCAGUGCACCCGGCUCGGGGCAUUCCAGUCUAACAACUGGCGCUGUGAUAUUCGAAGGUAGCAUUUCCACCCGAUGGACUUUCAUAUCAGUUGGGUAUAUUAUUGUGAAAAUUUAUGCACAAAGUACAAAAUUGUAACUAUUCUUGCAUAAUUAUACCAGUAUAUAUAUUGUAAUAUACAAAGUCAAUUUAUUCCCCAGUCUACGUUUAAAGAUGGGCGUGACAAGAACGACUGAGAUGCCUUCGUCGUCUCUGUGCGUUUCAAUACCUCCCACUGGUGUAUCUUGUGUACAGUGAAAAGCUGAUAUCUUACUUCUGAGCAUUUAAUUAAUACAUCCGCACUUGCACUCUAUAUAUAGGGAUAUGCCAUUUGGUGGAUUUCUUUGUUUCUGAGCAUUUGAAGAUUCUUACGGAUUUUCUCACCAAGAUUUUCACAUGAACCUAAAUGAACUUGUCCCGUCUUGCCGAAUCAGAUGAAUAUAAAAGCAGAUUCUCAAAAUAUAUCCUUGGCUACAUUCUAAUAUUCAAAGGACUAAAAGCAACUAUUGUUGCCGUUAUGAUGGCCCCUUUUUCAUCCAUCAUGGAUCCAUUGAAAGUGCUGCCUUUUCACACCUUCAUAUUGUAGAGCAGAUAACUAGCAAAAGCAUUGUUUUGGAAACUUCAUCACUUUUGUGAAAUCUUGUGCUGAGCGUUGAUUUGUUUUAUAACGUUUUAGACAAGGCAAAAACCGUGCACAUAGUCCAAGCUACAGUAAAUUUUGAAUACAUCCUUCAGUGUUACCCUUGUACUUGUGUGAUAUAACUUUACAAACCUCAACCAAAUAACUUAAUCUUGAAACGGCCUAAUUGGAAUUUUCCCAUUCUUGAACCGCUAAAACUUUUGAUGCACACUGGAAAGCUAAACCGAGUACAACAUUUGACAGUGAACUACAGCUUCCUUCUUAUACAGUAGAUGCUACUGUAACUGCUGCUGUAACAAGAUCUAUUAUUUACCCAUGACGCCAAUCCCCUCGGUACCAAAAGUGUCUUGUUAUUUCUGCAUUAUCAUUUCUUGUGUGAUGGAGUAAGUAGUUAAGUACAUGUACAUUUACCGCACAAAACCAUGAUACAAGAAUGCAAUAAAAAGGUCUGGUGGUUUACUCCACAUAAUUCAAACGAAAUGGAGACUCAUAGCUUUAAUGCAUUCCAGCAAACUGUGUUUAUGGUUGUAGACCCACAGUAUACUAGGACCUCACAGCUUGAAUCCAAGCAAAUUUCUUAUAAAAGUGAUGAUUAUUAUUGUCUUAUUUACAGACUUGGUAUAUUUUAUUGUCGAAGUUAGAAACUACUCAUCAUACAUCAGUCUGAACUGAACUGAACAGUCCUAUGAAACAUAUCGACGUGCUUCACAUCUGUUUUCACUCUGUGCCCUUCCACUGUUGACAAGCGUGUCUCGCGCAUACCCUGCUACACAGACGGGAAGAUAAGUUCAGUGGUUACGUUCUGUGUUACUCAGUAUGAACAAGCACGUGUCUGAUAUCGCCAAUUUAUAGCUGGUACAUUAUGAAAAUUUUUCCAGGUGGUAUUGAAAUACCCUGCAUAACAAAUCGUAUGAUCAACUGACUCUUCUCUUUGGUUGUAUAGCCCGGUACAUUUUUGCACAGUGCCUUCUGUCAUUGAAGAUUUUUGGUACCCAAAAUCAACAUUCUCAAAGUCUAAAUCGACCUAAUAGUCCUAAGAAACAAUGCUUGAUUUGAAUUAUAUCUCUGUGCUUCUGUAGGAGACCUUUCCCCCCAGGCCCUCUAUCCGUAUCACUGGAAACAUUUUACUUUAUGAAAAUGCCAUAGAAUCAACUAUACUUUAUAUAUUCUUCCCACUUCUCAUCUUUACUUGAUUUAACACCCAACAGUCACUAAAGGAUACAAUGUUUAUUAUGCAACAGUAUGGGACAGCGCAUAGCGUCAACUUUGUCCAAUAAUUCAGUGGCAAUGACAUGACGGCACCAGACAUAAUGUACAUGUCCUAUUGGUUGCAAAAUACUGGUGGUCUUACUUGUUCAGUCACUAAGCCAUAGAUGACGCCAUCACCACUACUCUGAAAACAGGUAACCAUGAAUGGCAAAACAAUAAAUGAACAAUAGAUGACGCCAUCACCACUACUCUGAAAACAGGUAAUCAUGAAUGGCAAAACAAUAAUGUCAUGUCGGUUCGAUAGCAUUGCACUCUAAUACUUGUGGAAUGCCAAAUUUACGUGUGUGUCCGCAGUGUUCAUCUUUUGCUGUGCAUGGUCACAAGUUUGCUGUCCAGUGUGUCGGCGCUGCUUGUCCAGAUUGAUACAGACUGUUGCUAUUGACCUCUGUUAACAUUGGCCUGCAAUAUAGCCCAUUUUGAACAGUAAUAUUAAGAUAUAUAAGAUAUAUUCGGAGAAAAUCGUCUUCCUGGUCCUUGACUCACUUCCAAAGGAACAGAUUCUUUAGCAUGUUAUUUUGACCCUCGAACAUCAACUGAGCUCAGAAACAAAGAUAUCCACCGUGGCUAUUUCAUGUUAUACAUAACGUUAUUAUUCAUGUAUACACAAGUGGUACAAGGGCACACACGUGUCACUCAAUAGUUGGGGGACUAUUCGAGUCUGGACAACUGAUUAUAUUUUUGUGAUUUUUUUCUGUCCAUUUUGAAAUUUUAUAUCAAUCUAAAAAGAGUUUUUCUUUCUAAUAGCAGUGUUUGGUGAUUGAUGUUUUAUAAAAAUAAUCAUAACAUGUAAUAUUGUUUAGCACGACUUGCCAAAUAUUUCACGUGACACUCUGACUCGGCAGAUUACACUUGUGAAAUGAAUUCUGCCGAGGUGGUGUUGUCAAGGUAUUCAGUUGAAAUUCACCAGUCUGAUGUUGUGCGUUUUCUGUCGAAGUCACAUAAUCAAACCAACAGUGAUUACUGCAUUGAAUUGUUGGGUUCAAAAAAACGAAACUUUUUCGGCAGCAAGCCUUGGCUGCUCAUUGCUGUACCAUUUUCCAGUGCAAAUGUUGACAACUUUUAAAUUGCAGACCAUCAUUUCGUUGAAACUUUAUGAGAAAUUCUUACAAAACGACACCAGACUGUUGAAUUUUCUGAAAGAGUCCCCGCCUUGUGCAUUCUACAUAUAUUACAUAAAGCAUUUCAUCAAAAACUAGAAACCAUACUUGACGUAUUCUGUGUUUAAAUACAGGCUUCAAGGUUUCUUCUUAGAUAGCGAUUUGUUAGUGCCUGGUAUGACCACCAGGGGCAUUAGUAGAUAUUCUACCCAUGAAACAGUAUCUUAAAAUCUUUCACUGCUGAUCUUGACAUUGUGGACGUAGCUUGACUGGUUGUCAUGGUGACGACUCUUCUACCCUACAGAUAGUGUCAAAACUGGUAUAGACUACAUUCCAACUUUUUGUGAAUUUUUCGAGGUUUUAUCGAGUUUUAUAUCUGAUGUUCGUACUUUAUUUCAAUUAUUAGGUCUUUAUAUCAUCCUCUGGUCGCACGCCAGGAAAAAAGGUGAAGACACGAUGAUCAACAAAGCUCACCAUGUUCAUUUUAUUGCUAAAAGUCUGCAGAGAACUUGUAUAUUUCAUUCAAAAUAUCGCUGCAUAAGGAAAUCUGGAAUGCGUGACAUCAAACAAACUAAAAGUUACGAUGUUUUUCCUGCUCUUACCAGUGCUAAUAUAUAUGAAUUUGAUAUUGUUAGUCUCGGCCACGUUUCUAUUUUUUGCUACGUCAAUGCUUGGCAGUCUUCAUUUUACAGUGUUUAUUCUCAUCAUAUAUGCACUGGUACGAUUGCCAUCGCUAAAAUUGCAUUUUGAACCAUUAUUAUGGGAUUUAGGGCAUUUCUGGAAAUCUUCUGCUGAAAAAAACAUGGUGUCCAAGUCCAUCUUAUCAACUAGGUCGUGAACUACAUAUUGACUUGUCAUACCUUAUGAUAACAAGGUGCAAGACAGAUGUCAUUGGGGAAACAAUAUCUUGACCUUGGGCCAGAUCACAGUUUUGGUUAUUUUGUUGACAAAUUUGGAACAGACAACAGUCUUGCUGGAACAGAUUUACUUCAAGGUCAUUCAGGGUUUAUUUGGUACCAAUUUAAACGUGUUUGGGGGGGGGGGUUUAAGCGUCUCAGAAAUGUCCUGGUCCUAGUGUUGACCAGUUCUAUUGACUGUAGUUCUACCAGAUGCUGCCUCAGGCAUGAACUGUUUCCUUGGUUUAGGAAUAGUCCGUUGAAUUCGUAACCCUUCUAUCCGACUCAUUUAGGGAUAAGUGCUAAUAAAAUUUAUGUUACUAUUCAAUGAAUGACUGAAGCAGUGUACCAUGUUCUUCCUGGUUCAGGUCACAGAAGGCAUCGUAUUGUGACAGAUCUGCACCUUGGCCUAUUCAAGUUUUGACUGUAGAAUUCAGGUUGUCGUUGUCCUAAAGCAGGCCGUUGGAUCGUUUGUAAAAUCACUUGCACAAAGUUGUGCUGAGUUUGUACCUCAUUAGCGAGCGAAUGGCGGUGUGAAUGGCAUUGCCCAAUCAGAGUCCAUCAUUUGACACAAAGACGUGGCAGGAUGUUGAUCUAGAUCCUACUUUAAAUUGUGUUGUACUUUUCGUGCAUUGACUUGCUUACACAUCUUUUUGACUCAUUUUGAUGUGCCUGUAAAGAAAUGCUUUACCACUCCUGAUACUACAUGCACAGUCAAAAUUCCGUAGGCCAGGGUCACCCUCUUAGGUCGUACAGAAGAUUGCCAAUAAACUUUUGUCUCUUUCCUAUUCUGUUUCUUUCAACUCGAACUAGCCCAGUGUUUUCUGAAUUCUGUCUUCGUCAUGCUCCUUAUUCAUAUACUACAUAAUCUUAAGGCUGAUAAGAAAGUGAAAAUAAUGUAGGUUUGAAAUUUGUGUUUAUUUUACUGCAAAUAUUUGGUGGUUGUUGAUGUUAUGGAGUUUCAGUGUGAAAAUUAAUCGGCUGUGUCUCGCUCCACGUACAUUUUAUGUCGUUGGAACAACCUCGUUGAUUUGUAUUGGGCACCCAACGGGAAAAUAUUUGUAGUGUACUUUUAUGUGAAAAGAAAUGCUGGCUCCCCAACAUUAAACCAACGUAUGGCCAAUCAGAAAGCACUUAGGCCAAUGUAUGUAGCAAGAGGAGUUGACUGCUUUGAAGUAAUGAUGUAUCCUUGACAGAUUGGAUCAUCCAUGGGUUCCCGCAGAAACUUGUUCAGAAUAUCAUGUUUUAUUGAUAUCAGUGGCUGUCGGCUACUGAAUCUAGUUUCUAUGGCGACUUGCGAGUUUGUCGUCUGCUUUUUUGCCAAUAAUCAGUCAAUAGGUGUUGUACCCAUUUUAUAAUCGCUGUGCAUCUACUGCACUGUUGUAGUCUCUGUGUGUUGUGCAAUGGCUCUUUCCCGUAAGAUUGUGAAUAUGUUUUGUGUGAUAUUAAUCUGACCUGCCUAUUACGAAUGACAAUGCAAAAGAAGGACUUCUAAAAUAAAAUGACGAAAGGGGAUUUUAUAGUUUAGUUGAAACAAGAUGUUGUAAAUUUAAUGAAUACCGUGGCAUGGGGGCUUUAGUGGAUUUACUGCCAGUAUCGAAUGACAUGGUAGCUGAGCUAAUAAACAAUUUUGCUGUGGUCUCCAUGAAAUGCAAUCUCCUUUCACUGCUGCAGCAGGUCAUUACCAUGGCAACUAAUGCACUACACAACAGAUAACAGCAAAACGUGUUCAUGCAACAUCUAACCAGUGCCAGAAAGUUCGACAUCUGUCAGUCAGAAGCCAUUGUUUGGAGGGGGGAGGGGUAACGUUAUCACAAAUUGAGUCUCGAGCCUGGAUUGCUACGCAGUGAGCUCUCUGGAAACAUUCUAUGGUGCUUUUUACUUAAUAUCUGCUCAAAUAUGAUUUUACAAGUAUUGGACUUUCUCUAUCGUUUUACAAUACUGGCAAUCUUUCAAUUUAUGCAAGUGCAGCUUGUUGGUACCAGCUUACGCCAUCUCCAGUGAGACUAAAUCUAAUAUGGUUUGUUCUCACAAGAAUACUCCUUAAUCUUCAGAAACAACUUUCUACUGGUUAUCAGGGUCUUAGCAUUCAUAUGCGCGACCUCUGUUGCGACUUAGCGAUAAAUACUGAGCCUAUACAGCUUGGGCUAGCGAAUUUCAGCUAAAUGACUAGCCUCUUAGUAUAUAUGUAUGUAGUAUGUUAAAUAAUGGGUGGUCAAAGAAGUCCUAUAUCGUGAUAUCCUGGCCUCAACUUGGUUCCCAUCGAAAGAUACUAUGGGUCAUUUUCAUUUAUUGAAAUCUUAAUCCGAAUACGGAAUCAGUAAAAGCAGCCGAUAAAUCUCCCAUAUUCGAUUGAUGUCUUUUUUCUUCUUUAUAUUUGCUACCUCAGUUGAUGUGCUACCAAAACGAAUGCGUUCAGAAGGCCUCUUUAGAACUUUAAAUACCUUUGUAAUGUAACUGUUCUCUGAUUGUAUGUCACGUUUUACAUAACUGCUAUGUCGGCAGCUACAAAGUCUAUAGCCAAUACCUGUGCGAUUUGUGUCGCGGUCACCAGCCUGCAUCGUUUUUUAAAAAAAACGCGAAAGGACAGGGAAAGAGUCAUUGCAUGGAACACUGUAAGAUGUAGUGGUGUAACCAGUGUUGUUAUGCAGUAGUGUUAUCAUAUUCAACAGUCUCUUGUCUCCCAGUUCAUCGUCCCUGUUCUGAAGACAUAAUAAACCCAAUAAUGUCGAUUUAGUCACCUUAGUUGUAUGAAUGUAGCUCCUCCAGUUCUAUGGGGGAGAAAAACAGUGGGGACAGGACCAGAAUAUAUGAUGCAUUCUUAUUACUUUUUAUUAGCCACUUGAAGCGUUUUCCAGGAUUUUUACCCGGAAAAUCAUUUUACAAAUAUUGUGCUACGUUAUAUGCACUCAAUGGGAAAACAUCACACUUAUUUAGUGUGGGAUGAAUUGAUGUUCAAAAUCCAUGUGCCCUGCAUUAUACCCUUCUCACCCCUAUUUUAGGGUGUUUGGACGUUUCCUCCCCUUGAUCUGGGGCAGUCCAUUUUAACCCAGGGGUGAGAAGAUGCAGGUUGAAUUGGUGGAAAUUGAUGUCCGAGUAAGCAGUACUAUUUUGUAUAUUGGUUUUCCACAUAUCAUGCAUACUGUAUUAUGAAAAACAAUUACUGCAAAACUGAUAUCCGUUGAAUUUCUGAAUAUUUUAAUGUUUAAUAGUUCUUUUGACCUGUUCAUUGUUCAUUCCUGGUCUAGUUUAAAGUGUAGCUUUUCAAGGGAAAGAUGUUUGUUUCCCUUUUCGGUGUAGUUUAUAUCUAGUUUUUAGGGUUGGUUCGCAUUAUUACUACUAAAACAAUUGAAUGACUUUGUCCUGUCUUCCCCCACCUGUGUCCUUUGAGUCGAAGUAAUUGGAACAAGUCUCUCAUUUGCUCGUUUUAAGCAGAUCUCGUCAUUCAAUUCAAUUUUUGAUACCAGUGGUCUUGAUACGGCCAGCAAACUAUUGUCCGAGUUAGAGCACAAAAAUAAAGUGUGAAAUAUGAAGAUUGAACAAUUUGUAGGACAUGCGGGCUGUGCUGAUAUUAUUGGAAUUUUUGAUUUAAACCCAGGAUCUUACUUUGGUCAUCAUAAAAUACUUUUCACUUCUAGAUUCUGGUUGUGAAGGAAUAUGCGUCGUUGAUUUGUUGAGAGUGAAAUCUUAUGCCAUAACGAUACAACUCAGGUUAAAAGGUGUUUAUUCGAUUCUGAACUGCUUAAAAUGCAUGGGCAUUGAUGGAGAAGACAUCAUUGUGAUAAAAAUAUUGGUUUGUUGAAGAGAAAAAAGCUUUAGAAAUGAAGUGAAAAUUGUUCCUGCUGACAACUCCUUCCUAGAAAAUGAGGGAGUGUUGGACCAGUUUACAAUUUGUUGUUACAGGCGGGGACAUUUGUCCACAAAGUUUCCCGAAAAGAUAGAAAUAUUGGCAAGGCAAGGUGAAAUAAAACCAGGAAGGCCUAUUGAUCUCUGUAAAUUAGUUUGUGUUCUAUCAUUAUGACGUGGUCAGGAAGAAGACUUAAGCCACACUGAAUAUGACUCUUAGGAAAUAUUGGUUUGUCUGGUUCAAAAUUGAAUUGAAACGAGUCUUGAUCUUUUAUCUGGUUGGAAGCUUAUGUAACUGUGAUAGUUCAGCCAGUCAUUGAAUUGCUUGAGACUAAUGUGUGGUUGAGUAAUGUGUUGGCAACUAAAUACUUUAAGUGUUCGUGUGUAUAGCAAGGUUUUACCUGAAGAAAAAAAAAAACAAAAAAAAAAUAUAAAAAACAAAGAAAGCCUUGGAGGUUCACUUGUAAAUGUGUUUAACUAGGUAGGUUGCGCAAUUUGCAACAAUUGAUCAAAUAUUAAUUCAAGCUUAAACAAACUGCUCUUCUCUACAAAGCGAUUACAGUCUUUCUGUUAAGCACCUCCAAGACCUCCGUGGUUAUAUAUACAUGUACUAGCACACUGUACGCAGGGAUUUCAAUAUAUUUGAUUGCGAUAUACAUUGUAUACCGAUACUGGAUUUGAUUCGAAUCACAUCUUAUCAUCAUCAUUCAUACAUGUAUGUAUACAUCCCAGUAUAUCGAAAUGGGAUUAUAUGUAACUUUAUUGUGUUAGUGCAUUUCCAUUUCAUUCCAAAAUUGAGAUUUAUUUUUCAAGUAUACAGUUUUUCUUUAUAUAUUUUGUGCAUGUAAAAUGGUGUUCUCAGAUUUAGUCACAUUCGGUAGUUCCUUGUUUCGCUUUAGUGUGUAACAUUUAUGCCGUUGCGCAUCAGUAGUGUAUUGCAUUGUUAGAAGGUGGUCAAGGACACUGCUGACUUCAUCACUGGCGUAUUCGGGGCGAGAUCUCAGCGGCGCCCCCUUAUUGUGGCAAGGGGCUCUACAUCAUAUAUAUAUAUGCAAGAUUUUCUAGUCAGGUCGUGACUAUAUAGCUGUGCCUUAAUAGAAAGCUUCGUAAAUCAGAAACGUUGUAUUAAUCGUCAUUGCUCACGCUCACCCUUAAUUCUUUGUACAUGUCUCGUUUGGCCUUUUUGGGAAGAAGGCGUUUUUUUGGUUUUCACUUCGUGCAUUUUGUGUUGUGGCAAUAAUUGAUUAUUUUGUAGGGGUAGUUUGAUAAGGGCCGCUUCUGUGUAAAGGCAUUGUACCAUUGACACGGUUGCAUAUAUAUAUAUAUACUAUAUAUAUUCCUUAUAUACAUACUGUUAGCUUAACAGAUGCCAUAAUAAUAUCCAGUUUUUUGUUAUAUUUUUGUGAACUCUAUGUUCUUCCAUUCAACCAUUGUUAUAUAGUGAACUAGCCAAAGUAUGAUUGGUGAUAUAUACAUGUAUAUUAUGAUAAGUGAAGAAUUGGCUCAAGUAUUAAACAUAUACAGCUGUGGUAAAUGUCUUGUUCACUCGUGUGUGCGUCAGCCGGCUUCAAGGCGUAAAAGGACGUGCCCUCUCUACCUUAGAUUCUUGAAAAAUCAGGUGUUGGUGGUUAUCCCUAAUAGAGAAUAUUUUAACCAGCAAUAUUUUGGAUGCCAGUUUAAUGUAACUUCUUCAUGAGACUGUUGACCGCUCCCUUUUGAGCGUCCUUUUUACCGAUGAUUCAAAUAAAAAUAAUCUCCUAUUUUGAGUUCUUGUAGAAGUUCUGUCUUCAGUGGUAGAAAUAAAACUAACUUAGACCUGUAUCAUGACAAUCUUGUAUUUUUUAGUCUACAACGAGCAGGUUUCUGAACUAUUAAUUAACAAGUGAGUAAGUUCCUGUAGCAUUUUUCUCACCUAUAUUAAUAAUAAUUAUAUGAAUUAUUAGAAAAAACAAAAAAAUGAAAAAAUGAAGAAAAAAAAACAAAAAAAAUAUAAAAAUCUUUUUGAUAUAUUGUUCUAAUGUUGGAAGUAUCCAAAAAAUGCCUCGCGUUUGUUCGUUUGUUGAAAUAGUUUGAUUUUCAACAUUUUAUUUUGAUGGCGUUGAAAUGUAUUUGAUUGUGACGUGUUUCAUUGAUUGUAUCGUAAUUAUAGUGUAAUUACACAUGUUUCAUACUGAGGGUAUAACGAGAGUAAGUUGUCGUAAUUUUUUUCUUCUGUUUCUAGUGUUAAUUUCGAUAUGAAUAAGUGUCUUUAAGAGGGUGUGUAAAUCAAAGUUUUUUGCAUUUUUGACGGCUGUUGCCGAGUAUUCUUAAAUUUACAUGUAUGCAUAUUAAUUAGUAUUUGCAUUGUACCACCACUUUUCCUGCCUCGUCCCAUAGAGGGCGAGGCUGUGUCGACUGGCCGAAAGUUGGAUUUUAUAUUCGGUCCAAGUGUAUACUGACUUGGCGGUGCUCACUCUGGAUGUAUUAGUAAUUAAAGCAAAAUAAAUAAUCAUCAUCGCCAUUGGAUCUAUAUUGAAUAUUCUACCAAACAUUCACUGGAAUAAUGUAAAUUACAUGAUUUAAAAUUUAGUUUUCUUCCACUUGAAAUCUGAUAUUCUGCAGAGUUGGUAUCUUGGGGGUACAUAUGUAGUGAAGUUCCUCCAUUGUCACAGGGGCGUCUUUUUAGUGAAGCACUUCACCUAGGAAGUAUGGAAGUGAAACUUAAACUUGGACGGAAAUUCUAUUCACUCUUUGGUGAACCUUAUCAGCCAAUAUCCAAAUCUUCUAUCCACAUUGCUGUUGUUUGGAGUGGGCAUUGGUAUAGUAGCCUCAUCUCCACACAGCACUUGGGUGCCAGGAAACUUCUGAACCAGUGCUCAAAUCGAACCCUUUACCGUACAAAAUGAAAUUUUCUUUGUAGCACAGUCUUUCGUCCAUGCCAGAUGCGCCUAACCAUUAGUCGAAGCUGGUUACUUUUCUUUCUGUUUGUAGUACUUUUAACUGAUUGGAGUUUACUCAAAAAAGAUUCUACAAAUCUGCGAAGCCAAUGGUAGACAAUUUCAUAACUUGCAAACUGUGCUUUUUUUCUUCAUCAAUGGUUAGACUGUGUUGGGUCUUAAUGUGAGUACAAACGUCUUAAAACCAGGUGUUUUUAUUUGCUAUUAUUUCUUUAUUUUUGACAUACUUUACUAUUAAUUACACUUUUCAUAUACAAUUAUAUAUCAAUAUUUUGCAAUGUUAUUUUUUCUGAUAUUCGUGACGAUUUUGGUGCGUUUCCCCAAGGAGCACUCGAUUAUCAUACUAAAUAACUUUCACAGAAUUACAUUUCCUCCAGCAGUUGUACAUAUCUUGAUUUGAGUUGGUCUGAAGUACAGUUUCACCUCAAUUGGGGCAAAUGACUGGGCAGUUUCUUUUAUAGUUGUACCCAUAUAUUGAUUGUUGUUUGGGUAAAAACAUGUGAUUCACUCAAACAUUGGUUGUCAAAAUCCAAUGUAGUCGAAGUUCUCAUAUAUCUUGGUUGUAGUUCGGAUGGGAACUGCACUUGUAACCUUACCUUUAAAUCCAUCCUAAUUAUAGCUAAAAUUUAUGUGCAGUGACUAUACAGUUAUUAAACACAUUUCUCGUUCUAAAUGUGCUGAACCAUUGUGCUGGUAAAGUUUAACCCAAACAUAAUUCACUUGGAAGUAGAACUAACGUGCGUGUAUAUCCUGUGUUUUGUGUACAUAUGCUGUAAGUUAUACAUUGCAAUCUAUCUUAUUCUUUGAUUAUACAUGGUACCAGGUUUGAUCCAAAUUCUGACAGGAAUUGAUAAGAUGUUAUGUUGUAUCGCAACAAGAACCACAGGUCAACAUAGUACAGUGUAUGCCAGUAAUAGUAAUUUGUUCAAAUAUUGGUGCCGUGCGAGAACUUUUAGAGCCUUGAAUAAAAAAAGUUGUUGACCUGUUCUACCAUGUUCUCUUGCGAUUCCCAAGAAUAUUUGAAUCAGGCUCUUGUGAUUAAAACCUAGUAUAGGUACUCUCCGAAUAAAGAUCUAGGGUCCCUGUUGCUGAUAAAGCAUCUGUUGCCAAUUGCCCUUGUUUCCAAAUAAAACUGAGGACUAAGUGUGUCGUAUCAAAUUCUGUUAUGUCAUGGAACAUUUUGGCGGCCAUGUUGGGGAAUUGAUCAGCCAUGUUUAUAAUCAGCCCAGUACUCUGUAUAUUCAACAGUGGGGGUUAUGUGAAUGUGUGAUCUGCAGUAUAUUGGCUCUACUUACAGUGAACAUUUAUUGACCAAUCUUCACAUCUACAUUAGACGUUGUGGGAUUUUUUUUGUUUAUAAAUGGAACAUUCAUGUACCAGUAGAGCGAUAUAGACAUUUGUCAAUUCCAUGUUUAUUGUACUUAUUAUAAUUAUCAGUGUUCAAUUUUACACACAAGUUGUGGACAGAUUUUUGGUUUUGGAGUUGUAUACGAUAGAUAUGAUUAUAUGGUAAUCUCUCAACCUGCCCACACAGUUUACAAGUCUGCCUAUAGUAUAUUAUAUUGAUAUACCUAAAUACUCUGCAGGUUUUUGGCUGUGUUACCGUAUAUAUGUAUGGCAACACUUUUAUACCUAGUAUUCCUUCAGCCUUGGGCGUUUCAUUUAACGCAAAGGACUGUAUAUACUGAUACUAUCUAUCAUGGUUAUGCAUUGGCUUCAGAGUUGGGUGGAAGCAAACUUUUACAUUUAAUUUGGUGGACUUGUAUAUACAGUUCUAUAACAGGUAUAAUGUGGUGGUUUUAUGUCGUUAUAAUCAAGCCUGCACUUUGACACUUUUAUCCUUGUGGGGCAGUAAUAUUCAGAUGUUAUUGGUGUGCACGUGUUAUUAAACCAUUGUAGUUAUACUGGAAACAAACAUGCAGUAUAGGUUCUCGUUGGUAAAGGGAUGAAUGCUCAAUAGAGGUCUCUGGUGGUUUGAAAGGUCAGCGUUGUGAUGUCGGCCCAAGGCCCUUCGUGUUUUGUUGGGUUAAGUUGCCAAGAAAGGGUUGACAUCGGUCACAGAAGUAUCAUGAGAUGGCUAUGUAAUAGAAUUUAUUAGAAAUUACACGUAGUUGCCAAAAACUUGCAUACUUAAUUAGGUGUUUUGUGCAGAAUGCUCAGUUUUGCAUUGUGUGAUGGGAGGGGCAUUUCCGUCUUGGAGAUAUAUGCUCAUUUGAGAAUAUACAGCGUUAGCAAAUUUAGUCUAGAAUAUUAAACGUAUAACACAAAAAAGCUGGAUAUUUGAUUAUCAAUAACUAUUAACUUUAAAUCAUUUUGAAAGCCAAAUGCUUUGAUACUUCAGUGGAUAUAGAUGCUUGACUGAUCAAGUCAGUAGAAGGAAGUUUGUUCUGUAAAUAGUUGUAAAAAUUGUUGAAUGUUGCUAGUAAGUUAGAAAAAUGAGAUAUUCAAGAUUUAUUUUAGAAAUGGUGCCAGGUAUUACUGUUGUUUCUCUCUGAUUAGAAAUAUUUCUUGUCCAGUUUUACAUCUGUUGAAAACAAUUUUUUUUUGACUGCCCAACUUGGCCAAAUCAGAAAAAUUUUGCAGCAAUGCCAUCGCUCAGCAUAAAUAUUUGGUUCCGGUCUGUUUGAUAUGUUCUGCAGCUGCUGAAUGAUCAACAUCAUUGUGGCAAAAUCGAUAGUUGUAUAAUGUGAUAUUUCAAGCCAACAUCAAAUUCUACAUCAAUGUUGUAAAGUUGGAUCCACAAGUUACUUUCCUUUCAUAAAGUAUUGAUGCCAUCCCUGUAAGAUGGUUCACUUCAAAAGCUUUGAAACUGUUGCUAUGAGGAGAGAAAUGACAGGGUCGUUUUACCAACUUGAACCUAUGAUCUGUACAAUGCAAAAUAUAUACUUGUAUACAUGUAUACUAUUUUUGGAAAAUUUGAGUCUGAAAUCGUGGUGAUUUCUAUAUGUUUACUGAAUAAAUCCGUGUAUCCAGCAAUAA